AAGAAAAAAAUGAUUAGGGUUUCAAACUCACCCAAAAUUCAUGAGUACUACUUUAUCUUCUUUGGGCAAAUCACUUUAUACCCUAUCCCCGCCGUUGAUUUGUAUAUAAAUGGAAAUACCCAGAGCUAGAAUUGGAUAAAUAAUAACUUCUGAUUCCCCUUUCCUGUACUCAUGUUUUGAUCUGAAAAGAUAUAGAGAGAGAUCAAGAUCGAGAUCGAGAUGGGAAUUAGAAUUUGGAUUUUGAUAUUGCUCGCAAGCUGUUUGAUAAUAUGCGUGAAUGGAUAUCCAAAAGAAGAUCUGGUUGAUAAACUCCCUGGACAACCAAAAGUUGAAUUUCUUCAGUAUGCUGGAUACAUUGAUGUUGAUUUGAAGGCUGGAAGAAGCUUAUUUUACUACUUUGUUGAAGCAGUGAAAGAUCCUCAUCUCAAACCCCUUUCUCUCUGGCUUAAUGGAGGACCGGGUUGCUCCUCAAUGGGUGGGGGUGGGUUUACGGAGCUUGGUCCUUUCUUCCCGAAGGGUGAUGGCCGAGGUCUUAGAAUAAAUUCCAUGUCAUGGAACCGAGCAUCCAACCUCCUUUUUGUGGAAUCACCUGCUGGAGUAGGAUGGUCUUACUCAAACAAGACUUCAGAUUAUUCUACUGGUGAUGCUUCAACAGCCAGGGAUAUGCACAUGUUCAUGAUCAAAUGGUUUGACAAGUUUCCUUCAUAUAUAUCCAGAGAUUUAUUUCUCACUGGUGAAAGCUAUGCAGGACAUUACAUACCACAGUUGGCUAUUGCCCUUUUGGACCAUAAUAGUGAUAAAUCUAAUGGUUUUAAGUUCAACAUCAAAGGAGUAGUUAUUGGAAAUCCGCUUCUUAAACUGGAUCGCGACGCCCCAGCAAUAUACGAGUAUUAUUGGUCACACGGGAUGAUCUCUGACGAAAUUGGGCUUACAAUAAUGAAAGACUGCAAUUUUGAAGACUACACAUUCCCAUCUCCACACAAUGUUACUGAUUCUUGUAACGAUGCCAUUAGUGAAGCAGAGCAAACCGUUGGCAGUUAUAUCAACAGUUACGAUGUCAUACUCGAUGUUUGCUACCCUUCCAUCGUUCAACAAGAGCUCAGAUUGAAAAAAUUGGCUACUAAGAUGAGUAUCGGAGUUGACGUGUGCAUGACAUAUGAAAGACGGUUUUAUUUCAACCUCCCUGAAGUUCAAAAGGCUCUUCAUGCAAACAGAACCAACUUGCCAUAUAGGUGGAGCAUGUGCAGUGAUAUUCUAAACUACAACGAAAACGAUGGCAACAUCGAUAUCUUGCCGCUGUUGAAAAGGAUUCUCCGAAACCGCAUUCCUGUUUGGAUUUUCAGCGGUGAUCAAGAUUCUGUCGUGUCUUUACUUGGAUCAAGGACGCUAGUUCGCGAACUUGCUCACGAUCUACAAUUCAAGACUUCAGUCCCUUAUGGAUCCUGGUUUCAUAAAGGACAGGUUGGAGGUUGGGUAGUUGAAUAUGGAAAUUUGUUGACAUUUGCGACGGUAAGGGGAGCUGCUCAUAUGGUGCCUUACGCACAACCGUCGAGAGCUUUGCACCUCUUCAGUUCGAUUGUUCGUGGCAGGAGGCUGCCUAACAACACCCGCCCAUCUAUUGAUGAUUGAUCAAAGCAAGCUAACGUAAGAAACCAAUUGUGGUAAUGAAGGCGUGAGAUUUACAUUACACUUGCAAUUGUCUUCCCUUUAAUUGAUCCAUUUGUAUUUCACAUUCAUUCAAGCUAAAAGUCUUGUUGUGAUUGAUUGCCAUGCAUAUGACAUGACUGACCCAACUUAAUGGGAAAAACUAAUUAGUAAGAGAACUGCAGUUUGCAACUUA